AUGCCACCAUUACCGGUUAGUGCGGUAGCACUUCCGGGAGCCUUUAUAUCAGUCAUAAUAGAGGGAAAUCAAGAAAAAGAUCUUACAGAUUCAGUUAAAGAGCAGCAAAAUACGUUGCUUGCAACCUCUUCUGCUGACAAGGAAGCAGUUUUUUCGUGUAUUCAACGAAUUGAUGACAAAAUUCGAAGCGUGAAGACCGAAGCUUUACAAAUAAUUCUUGAUCAUAAAGAUGUUUUUGUUAAACUUUAUAAUGAUUCUGUUUCAUUGCGAUAUAGGAUUGAUACAUUAUUCACGGAGGUCGAUAAUGUUUCUCAAGAAGUAAAUCGUCCCGAGACUGGAAUGAAGCCAAAACUUAUUGAUGUGUUACAAGAGAAUAGGUCUGUAAUGCAGGAGGUUCAGAACACUAAAUCAGUGGUGGAAACUUUAGAAUACUUGAGUGAGAUACAAAAAUGUAUAAAGAGGUUUCACGAAUAUUUAGACCAAGGUCGAAUUGAGGAAGCUGCUGGCACUAUCACACAUAUGGAUAGCUUAUUAGAAUCUCCUCCUGUACCAACUGAGCGAAAAAUUCAAAUUUUUGAUAGGCUAAAGUUACAAUUAUCCAUUAUGAAAGAAUCAUUGGAUCAAACCCUUGAUGAUUUAUUAACACAAUCAAUUUCUUUCAAAAAAAUUGAUGAUGAGGGAUCUAAUCUCACUGUAUUAUCCUCCGUAGAAGGCAGAUUAAAAAAGAAUGUAAUGAAGUAUUUAAUCAUACCCUUAUUGAAGCAUCGCGACUCUUGGAAUGCUUCCAUAGAGGUUGAUGACAAUAUUACCGCUCGUUUGGUAAUUGGUCCAGACUUGAAUGAUAAGAGUACAAUUCAAGAUAGAGUAUUUACACCAUUGAUUACUAUAUUCAAAUUCAUUUAUACAUUCAUAUUUGGAGGUCUCGACCCUUCUACUAAAAAACUUGUAAUAUUACCACUUGCCACUCAAUAUUCAUCUACAUUUGGUAAAUUUAUCUCGCAUGACUUACGCGAUGUCGUUAUCGACGAAUACCUUUCACAUGUGAUUCCUACAGAGACAUUUGAAUUCAAAAGGUUUGAUGAGGUGGCAAAUGAUGUAAUAUGUUUUCAGGCCGAAAUGCGUAAAAUGGGAUUUAUGCGUGAGUCUCGAGGUGGAGAAGAGGAGGAGGAAAGAACUUUAGGUUCAUAUGUUGCGAAGGUUGAUGUUCAUUUUACAAUUAAAAAACGUGACAAGUUAUUAGAACUUGGACGUAACGUUAUGAUGGAUGUAAAUUUCGAGAGUGAAGAAAUCACGGAGGAACAGGAUUCAGAACAAAACGAUAAUGUACAAGAGACUUUGAAUAAUGUGCCAGUCAUUGAAUCUAGUAAAGUUGACGAAAUUAAUGAACAAAAAGAAGAUGGAAAUAAGGAUUUAUUUGCCAUUCAAAAUGAUAAUAAUAAUCCUAACGAUGGUUGGGAAGUCGAUUGGAAUGAGGGAUGGGAUGGAGAUGAUGAUUGGGAUAAAUCGAAUAAUUCACAAAACCAUAAUGAAAAUUUAAAUAGUAAAAAUAUAAUUAGUGAACAGGGAAUAAAGGAUAAGAAACUAGUUCGAUAUUCCAUUUCAAAUAAAGGAAAGGCACUAAUAGAUUUAGUAAUAAAAACUUUGGAUGAGAUUCGUAAUUUAAAUGCCAAAAGUGGGAUACGUCUUUAUCAAGCAACUCUCGACUUGUUUGAUUUAUAUCGUGCCGUAAUGCCAGUUUUCCAUCAUAACACAUUUAGUAAUGUACCUGCUUUAGCCAUGCUAUUUAGGAAUGAUUGUUUAUGGCUUGCGGAUCAACUUUUAGUUGCCCAAGACCAAUUCAAAGACGAUCAAUCAUCUCCAUCUAAUUCUGGAGAAACCGUCGACAUUAAAGGUAAAAUCUCAUAUAAUGAUACUAUUGAGAAAUUAAGGGAAUUAGGUAAAACAUGGUAUGAUAUUCAGAUGGAUAAGCAAAAAAGUAUUCUUAAAGAGAUUUUAGAUGAAAUGGGCGGAGUACAACAAAUUGCAAAUGAUGAAAGGUUUGAGGCAUGUCAAAGUGCAAUGAAUCAAAUUGUAUAUACUAUGAACCAUUUAUCAAAAAUUUGGAAAGAUAUUUUACGUCCAACGGAAUACUAUUCAUUAUUAGCGGAAGAAUCACAACAAUUAAAUUUAAUAUGUACAAUGUUAUUUCAAAUAGAAAAUUUUUUUAAUAGAAAAGAGAUAAAUUCGAUAGAAAAAUACAUAAAACACUGGACGAAAUUUCGUCAUAUGACAGACAUACUUGAUUUACCGCUCGCAGGGAUCAUGAGUAGAUUUUGUAAUGGUGAACUCGUAUGUUUUACUAUCGAUGAAUUGGAAGGACUUAUUUGUGCGUUAUUCUCUGAUACACCAUUAAGAGAAAAUACUUUGUCAGAGAUCAGAGAGGGACUUCCCGUUGGGAAAGAACAUUAUACGGAGAAAAGUUCAUUGUAUUAA